UUUCAGCGAUGGGCUAACCACAACUCACAAGCUCCACUGCGGUGCUUCUUUAAAAGAUGCGUGCGGUUCCCCUCUCGGCACUCCCCGGCCCCUGUGCUCCGCCCCGCCGCCCCGCGUCGUGCCCCGGGUGUUCACCAGUGUGCUAGUGCCGGUGUUGUGUUCGAGACCGAGGUAGUCGGCUACUCCAGAGAUGCGGAAAGAAGUCCCGCGUGACUCCGCACCCAACCGUACAUCGCGCGCUGUCAACAAACCGUCACCGUCCUCCGGCAAAGGACAGAAACGCGCCGCCGCGGCCGCGCCGUCCGUCGGUAAAUCCAUCAAGAAGAAGAAACCGUCUACGAAGUCCUCGGAGGGAGAGUCCAGCAAGUCUUCCUCCGGCCAGAACCAACAGAGCGACCCUAAAGGGAAGAAAAAACUGUUGAAACCCAAAGUCGUGCUAACAAAACUGAACCCCGGUAACUUGCACCAAUUAGCGAAGGUAAAACCAGCGAAAGAGGCAAAAAAAGAAACGUGCCCUAAGCAAGUGAAAUCGAAACCAAAGAAAGUUAUUGUCAGCAAACCAACCAAAAAAAUAAUAAAAGUAGAGAAUGAUUCUAAGCGAGCGACCGCAGCUAAGAUAGUUCGAGCCGUCAAAGACGUUAAGAAGGCAAGAAGUGUUGUCGCUUCUAAAAUUGCAAAAACUGUACCAAAAAAGCUAUCAGAUAGCGGCAAUGUUAGGAAAAUAUCUAGUAGUGGAAUAAAUGUAGUUAAAAAGCAUAAUAUUGUUAAAAGUGUUAACAAAAUGUCUGGAAAGAAACCAUGUGUCGUAUCGGUUAAAAUUAGUAAUGCUCACAGCACGGUGACCUUGUCCGUUAAACAAAACAAGCAGAUCGCUAAGAAAGAUUCUACGAAGAGUUCUAAAUCAAGUGGAGGAAGAAUUACAGACAGAAGUACUAUUUCAAUUGUUAAGAAAGGAAUUGCGUCGAGACGGAAAUCUGCAUCGAAAGAUUGCACGUCACAGGAGUCUACUCCUUCUCAAAGCCCCACAAGAGAUACUUCACCGGUUAGAAGUAAAGAAACUAAAUCUUCUACAAAAACUAAAUCUGUAAGAUCUGAAAAUAAUAAACCACAGAAAAAGCUUGUAAAGCAGUCAUCACUAGAAAAUAAGAAAGUUACAGAAGAAAAGGGUAAAGAUAAGCAAUGUGAAAGCUUACAAGAACUCGAGGAACAUAAUCAAAGUGAUAAGACAGAAGUUAUUAUCAACGACACACUGAAAAUAAAAACUGAAAAUGUGGGUGAAGACCAGAAUAUGGAAAUAGAGUUUACCAACAGUUCCGAGAAAGACCAUUCCGAAGAUAAGGACACCAAAGAUAAUUUAAGUGUUCAUAAAGAUGAUGUGGCUAAAGAUUUGAAAUCAAAAGCUGAUGAACACUUAAUGGAGACGAAAGCUAAAUCUCCUCUAAAUGAUUACAGUAAUCUCAAAAGCAUUGACUCUACUACUUCGGAUGAAAUUCCACUUGAGGAUCUUAAAUUAAAACAAAAAAUCAAACAAGAAAAAGACAGUGAAUGUGCGUCCCAAGAAUCUACUCUAUCCGAAAAACAUAAGAAGGGAAAAGAAUCUCCUGUAUCGGAUGCAACUGAAAAUAUUCCUCUUAGUGAACGCGAAGAGGUUAAUCUUGGGCCAAGCAUCAACUUGGAGAAAAAGAAAUCCGAAGUAGAAAAAACGGUAAAAUCUGUUCGUAUGUCUAAAACUGCGUUAAAGAAAGUAGUGGAUCAAGAAUCUGUUGCAAAAUUGAAAAUAUCAGCCAAAAGCAAGGAAAAGCUGAAAGAUCUAGCAGUCAAACAAAAAGUUGCAAAAUUAGUUAGGAAAUCCAGGCUUACAGAACAAAAACAAAAGAAAGUCCUAGUUAAAGAGGAUUCUGACAAAGAUCCUGACGGUGACUCUGAUCAGUCUCGUAAAAGAUUAAAAUUGUAUAAGUUUUGGAACGGACCAAAGAGACAUCGAGUGGCUUCUCUGAACGCCAUUGCCAAAGUACACUGUCUAUAUGAGAAUGAGAGUAGAGGUGCUCUAAAUGACGUGAUAAGUUCUGCAGCAGCGUUACAAAGAGCAAUACAGGAGUCAAAGAAAAUGGCUAGGAUGGAAAGUAAAGAUAGAAGAGAUAAGAAAGUAGUCAAGAAACAGGCAACAACGGUGGAGAAAAAGACGGUGGAACCAACAAAUACUAGGAAUCUCAGAACUAAUCCCGGAAUAAGAAGUGUUGGAAGAAACUUCGAUAUCCUAAACGUCAUUUCAUCGACAAGUUUAUCCUCGAGCUCAUCAUCUGAAGAAAGCAGUGACUCAGGAGAAGACAAAAAGCAGUUGGUUUUGCUUCCUUCGGUAAAGCAAAAGCAGCAGCAGAUAAUUAAAGAAGAGUCUGAACAAACAACUGAUGACGAAGCUGUUAAAAAACCCCAACCCACGCCGAAUGAAGAAAAUAAGGAUGGGGUGAAGAAAGUGAAGAAGAGACGAAGAAAAAGGAAUGAAUUGACGAUGGAUUUGAAGGAUAUGGUAGUACGUAAGAGGAUGGCGUCCUUAAAUGCGUCUGCAAUAAUGACUGCAAGUUAUUCAACAGAGAAAAAAGAUAAGAGGAAAGAUGAAGAGCAAGUGAAAGAAAAGAAGGAAAGGAAGAAGAAAAAGAAACCACCAGUUUCUUCUCCGGCAGAAGAAUCCAGUGCUGACGAGGACGUUAUCGUUAGAACAACGAACAAUAAACAGAAAGUGGCCGUGAUCGUGAACCAAGAUACGGACGUGACUAUCACGGGAGUGUAUGUCAACAGCACGACCAGAUCCACACAUCAUGAGGGCUACUGCAGCAUCGCUGGCAUGCAGUAUCGGAUCAGCUCGACAAGCCACACACAGACAGAGGCAACUGCCGUGGCAACAGAGACGGUGCUGCAUGCUGAGCAUCCGCCAUGUCUACCAGACGCUGGACCUGCUCAGACCGUGGUCACUACUGCCCUCAGCUCACCGUGCAAGUCUUACACUCCUCUGAGUGCGCUGAGCAGCAUGCAGCCCCCUGGGCACCACCAUCCGCACCCCCCGCCGUGCCAACCCCCGCGCGGGCCCCCCCUCAGCCCUUUGCAGCGCCGCCACGGCUGCAGUAGCGCCUUCACCGCGCCCCCCAACUACCCGCCUCCCACGGGUCCACCUCCACCGCCGCCCCCGCAUCCUGACGUUCAUGGUAACUAUCGUUGGGAGAUAGAAAUGCCUUGCUGCAGUAUCCAGCCGAGUCGGCUAUGUUACUAUCAGCCGGCUGGGCCUCUCAUCUCCACGCAUCAUCACCACCAUCACUCUACCAGCGCCAGCGUCACCGCCAAGCUGCCCCCUCCACCCACUCCUUCUUCGCUACCCACCCCCACCCCACCCCCUUCAUCUGCUACCCAUCCUCCGUCGGAGUCCUCGGACAGCGAAGUCGUUCUGACCACGUCGUCCGACAAUCCACCUCCCGUCACCUACCGUGGUUAUCCUCCCCACGGUGGACAACCCUACAACUACUACCAGUACUAUCCUUCCCCGCCCGCCUCCAGCCUUCAGUACCCCGGCCAGCAGUCCCAUUACCACCAGGAUAUCUGCUACUCUCCCUCUGGAUAUCCCCCUGGAUACUUCCCCAAAGGGCACUACCCCCCGCCCGCCCCUGCCGGCUACCCCAGGCGGUAUGGUCCCGGGCCCCAUCAGUACUACCCGCCUCAGGACUUCUACCCCAAUCCUCCUCCCAACCCUAACUCUAAUCCCCCUCCGUCCUCCAACAGUCAACAGAUGAUCGUGACCGCGUCACCCGCCGGAGGACAGACCUCCUCCGCCUAUCCUCCCUCCGAUAGCAGCUACCCUCCCCCCGCCCCAAUAGUGGAUCCCUACCCUCCCCCUCCACCGCAGUCCUACUACACUGGGUACAGUGCUGGACCUCCGCCUCCGUGCUAUUCUACGCAUUCCCCCUCAUCAAGAGGAUUAUUUAUAGAUGCGGCUUACCAAGGCUGCCCUUGUCCAAUGCAGUCGUGUCCAAAAAACGUCCAUACUGGACCUCUUACUGGUGCCAGUAAGGGGUCUAUGAAGAAUCAUCAGUCAGCGCCAUUGCCACCAGUAGCGCUAGCCCUGCCACUGGAGCCCCCCGGGGCCCUGGGGCCCCCCAGCCCCGCAAGGGGCAGUGCAGGUAUGCCUCCACCACCUUCCCCUGCCCUAGCAACGGCACGCAAUCCUCCGCAGUCUCCUCCCGUCAAGCCCAGUUUGGAACAGACGGGUCUGCUGACCAUCAGCAAGAUGGUGACCAAUGCGGUGCUGUUGGCCGAUCAGGUGGACACCAACAUUGCGGAACUCAUCCCGAAGACGGAACAAAUCAAGAUGGAAAUCGAAGACAUUGUCAAAAUCGAAGCAGCUGAAGAUAUCAAGUGCAACAGGAAGAGGAGAAAAGUUAUAAAAAAUUCGGCUGAUGUUAAGAGACAAGCUUUUGAUGUACCAAGUGAACCUGAAACUAAAGUCAAUCUUGAGCUGCAGGAGAGGCUAAUAACACCCAAAGAGGAGCCUGAGAAGACACUUCCAGACAUCGAGAGACCACCUCUAGAAAAGCAACUUCCACUGACAGAUAACUGCGCUACUACUCCGGUCAACAAAAACAAUACUACAAUGCCAGUGCUGAACGGGAACAUUUCAAAGGCCCGACCGAAGAAGAGAAAAACGGAGUUAAGUAGUGAGUGUGAACCCGCAACAAAAGUUGCCAAAUGUGUUAAAAGUCCAAAAGUGUCAAAAAAUAAGUGCGUUCGGAGGAAAAAGUGCGUUGCAGAGGAAAACAUUGCCCCCGAUACAGAAGUGGGUGGUGUUGAACCUGAAAAAGUGGUUUGUAGGCGGAACAGCAAGCCGAUGGAGAGGCGGAAGUCCUCAAGUUCACCACACGUUGCAGUAGUGCCUCCAGAGGUGGAAAGUUCCCAGGAUGCCUCCUCUGUCGCAGAAGUGGGUAAGAAGAAGAAGACUGCUCGUACUAAGAAAGUCCAAGUAAAGACAAAAGCAGAUCAUUUGCUGAGAAGUCAUGGGAAGGCAGAUCUCCCUGCACCUCCAAUAACCAAAGAGAGAAGACUUUCAAAAGGGAGCAGGAAGGCAGAAGCUUCGUCUGCGGUGGUUGCCCCAAAAAAGGCUCCGCCCCCGGUUGUUGUAGACCCCUCGGCAGAGAGCCAGAUCUGUCUACCGGGCUUGCGCCGGUCCCUAACCCCCAGAUGGUCCAACGGCUGGUCCUGGGAAGGCACUCCUUACAGGGCCAAGGUCUUCCUCAACAUUGAUGAUGGAGCCGUGGUGCGCACUUGUUACCCAGCCAUGAGGCAUGUGCAGGGAGACGUCAUCUGUCCUCGUGACUGCAUCCUGCUCAAAUCUGGGCCUCGCAAGAUCGACCUACCCUUUGUCGCCAAGGUGGCAGCAAUGUGGGAGAACCCAGAGGAUGGAGAGAUGAUGGUGUCGCUCCUAUGGUACUAUCGGCCUGAGCAUACAGAAAGAGGACGCCAGGAAUGGGAUCCUCCCGAUGAAAUCUUUGCCUCCCGACACAAGGAUACCAAUAGCGUUGCCUGUAUUGAAGACAAGUGCUUUGUGCUCACCCUCAACGAGUACAGUAGGUACCGUACAGCUCUUCAGGUGCAGGAUGAGGGACUGUCGCCCCGUCAAGUCGUUCCCCCGUUGCCUGAGGGUGUCACCUACCCUCGCUCUCACCGUCAACCCCCAGGCAGAGUGGCUCCUGAUAUUGUCUUCUUCUGUCGGAGGGUCUAUGACUUCAGGACUAAGAAGAUACUCAAAAAUCCCACUUCCAGUUUCGGCUAGUCUUUCAUCACCCUUUAUUUUUGAUAAUGGUACUGACAAGGUGUUACAGCAACCAGUUACAGCACUAGUGACUGUUGGACAACCGAUUGUUGGUUACAAAGUGACCAUCGUAUUGGCAUCAUCGUUGCCUAAUUCUAAAAGCGGACGAGUAAUGUUUGUGUAUUUUACAAAAGAUUUACUACCAUAAUAAUUUGUAUAUGUUGGUCAGUCCUCAUAUAUGUACAUGUUGUUUGACUCAUAUAGGUAUACGUGAUUUUAUCACUGUCGACUUAGUUUUUAAGUCUUAGUUCCAAAUGUUUUUAUAAAACUAGAAAGUUUGUAAAAUAUUUUAUUAAAAUUUAUCAGACAUAGGUAUUUUAAUAUUGCCUAUCGAGAAACGUGCUUGGAUAAAUGGAGGGAUGGUAAUAUGUUUCUCAAAUAAUUUACUACUUGUUUAAAACUGGGACGGUUUUAUUUAUUUAAAAAAAUAAUGCCCCAAAUAAGCCUUUAAAGCAUUAUAAUUUAACAGUUGACACCAAUUUAAUUCACCAAUAUUUUUUGUAGUCGAUUAUGUGUUGAAAUUAUUGUGUAUUAGUUAAAAGAUAUCCAUUAGAUUAAGUGUUGUUUGCUGUUUAAUUAAUAGAAAUUAGGACGGUAAAUAAUAAAAAAGAUAGUGUAAUAUUAUUAUUAUUUAUUGUUUUGUGCUUAAAUUAGUAAAGUUGAUUGUUAUAUAUUACGGCAAGUUAAUUUAUGUAUCGUUAAAUUUAUCAUGGCUGUUGUGAAUCAUGCAAAAUAAUCAAAUGUCUGAAGUAAGGUGUACUUGCAAUAGCAAUAUAAGUAAUAGGAUGUAUGCAUGUCACAGUAUGUUAAAGUACACGUACGCAAGACAAAACAUGUUCCUAUCCUAAUGAUGUGCUUCUUAUAACACAGUGAAAGACGUUUCAAUAUUUUAUUAUUUUUAUUUGCUUGGUGUUUUUUAUGAUAGAGUUAUAUAAAAAUCUAUUAUUUAAUUUUUAAUAUACCAAGGAAAAGUAAAUUCACUCAGUUCAGGUUUCUUGAUAACGUGAGAUGAAAAAAAUGUCUUAGCACUACAAAUUAUAUGAAUAAAAAAGUGAAUAUUAACAUUUUUAAACCACAACAUAUCAGCUGUUUUAUGUUUAUUCUGUUUCUUUAUUAAGAAUUUUAAAAUUUAAUGCAUUACUUAAAUUUGUAAUAUUUGUUUGUAUUCAUAGAUACACUAUCACAGAUGAGCAAAGCGAAGCAUGGAGACAUUUAAUGUUACUUAUAUGUAUUUAUUAAAAAUACAAUUCACUCUACAACUACACAAGUAAAUUUACUUUCAUUUGUUUAUUUUUGUAUCUUUGAUGAUGCCAGUAAGCAAUUUUAAGUAAUUGUUGCCUCAUUAAAUUUAAUACUUUUAUUUAUUUUUGCAAGUUUCCUAAUUUAAUUUAGGAAUAUAGUGGAAUAUUUUCUUACAUACGGUGUUGAACUCCGAUAGUCUAUUAAAGAAAUUAGUAUAAUAAUUACAUAUGCAAAAAACAUACAAUAGUUCAGUGAUUGGCCUAACUUUGUUAUAGUAAGUAAAUAGAUUAUGGAAACUAAUUUAUACAAUCAUAGUUUUUAAGAUUAUAAUUGGUAUUGUUUAAUUUAUAUUUUCAUUGUAGAAGUGCAUUUUAUUUUCUGUUCAAGGAUUGAAUCAUUCAUAUUUUAAGUUCAAUUUAAGAGAUUUUUAAUUUGUAUGAUAUUUUAUGUAAAAUAAAAGACUUAGUGUUGUAUGUUAUUUUUUGGUAGUUUUUGGUUACUGAGCGCAUUUUGUGAAAAUUUAUACUUUUCAACCUAGCAUUUUCAAAACAGUGGAUAAAAAUUUGUUGGGUUUCCAAAUAAUAUUCUAGUCUUGAACGCUAGCAGUUUGUUGACAUUAAUGUGGCAUUCUUGCAGUAAAUAUUGUUGUGAAUGACCGUUGGGAAAUUCAGAUUAACCUAAAAAGUGUUGUUAUUUCUUGUAAACAUUUAAGGAACUUUUUGUCAGUACCUUAUCAUUUUUGUAUUUUACUGUAAAUUUCAGCAUUAUUUAUUGUUUUGUUUGUAGAUAUAUUUCCUGUUACUAUUUAUUAUAUUAGUAGCACAACCUAUUUAGUACCAACUCUAUUUCACAGUGUUUUUGUUAUUAAUAAUUAUUUAGUUUGAUAGUUCUAACGUUUAGAUUCGGACCAAUUGAUAACCUUAGUAAGGCCAGUCUUAGGCCACAAUUAAGUUUUUAGUUCUUUUAUACUUUGAAACCCCCGUUUUAAAUAUUGCAAAGUGUACAAGUUUCAUAGAGACAAGUGAUUGUCAAUUCAGCCAAAGUUGUGUGACAUAGUACUGUACUAGAGGUAACUGCACGCAGGCAGGCGUCUGUAACAGUGGUAUAUUUUUUAUUACAGUGUUGAUAAGAUAUCAGUCAGUGUCAAUCUGUUUCUGUGUUGUGUAAAUCUGAACUAAAAUGAACAAAAAAAAAACAAAGUAGAUUGGUAGAAAGCCUUCUUAGGUGCCUUUUUUGCAUGCCUUCGAUCCGUGCAAACUAAAUGGUGUGUGAAAAGGGUUUGAAAAGUAAAGUAUAAAUAUAUAUUAUGAUAUAUUCCAUGUAUUAAAUAAAUAAAUGUACCAACACCUGUA